AUGAAAAGAUCACUUAAGGUUAGAGUCCUUGUUAAGGACAAUAAAGGUCCAGAAACUGAAAAAUCUAUUAGAAAAGUUGUAGACAACAAGACAGGGUCCGUCAAAUAUAAAAAAAGUGAGAAUGUGAUAGAGAUCAAGUCCAGUAAAGAUCUAAAGGAUUUACUAGAAUCGUUAUCAAGAUCAGGUCUUGAUGCCGACAUUGAAGUAUUUGAUAAAGACUUACAUGACUGGCAACUAGUUGAUAUUAGAAAUUUAGGUAACCCAAACGACAACUCCAACAAUGCAGCAGAUCUGAAUUAUAGAGCGCAUUUCGUUUUGGAGGACACAGAAGAAGUUGAUUCCAUAAUCGAGGAAAUAAAAGAGAAAUGUGGUAUAUCCAAUGUAAAAUUAGAAGACAAUAGUAUAUUGGCCAUUGUUCAGAAUAAGAAUAUCUGCCAAAAAAUCUUGGAUAUUAUUAGGGACCACAAUAUUUCGAUUCAAUUAAAGGAUGUUUUACCAGUUCAAAGCGAAAGAAAAUAUAAAGUAACCGCGUCUAUCGGUGGUAUUACCUGUGCAGCCUGUGCCUCAUCUAUAACCAAUGCAGUGUCUGAUUUGGAUUUUGUUUCUGACGUCGCGGUAAACGUUGUUAGUAAAGUUGGAUCAUUCAUUUUGGAUACUAAUGCUCCGGAUAAAUUAGAAGAGUUGAAAGAAACAGUAGAAGACUGCGGUUUCAUAUACAAUGCUGUUGGUUCUCCAACAUUGACAAAUCACAUUUCAGUUAAAGUUCCAAGCAGAGCUGUUACUGUCAAAAUAGAGGGGAUGUUCUGUUCAAACUGUCCGGUGCGUGCUAUUCAUUCAUUACAAGACAUUGCGGAUGCAGAGCUAAUAAUAGAUGAUUCCAACGAAUUAUCGCUUAAACACCCUUAUAUUAGGUUUUCCUAUAUUCCAAAUGUCGAAAGAGGUAUAACUAUUCGUAAUAUAAUCGACAAGAUCAAAACAGAACUCACUACCCCGGAGCAUAAUGAUAUUGAUGUCGUAAUAGUAAAAGAAGUGCCUAUCGAACUGCAAUUAAAAGAGAUGGCCAAAAGGGAAACUUUAGGGAUAGUUAAAAGACUAGUUGCUGUUACCGUUGUUGCAAUUCCUACAUUUAUAUUUGGGAUUAUCGGAAUGUCUUUAGUACAUUCGAAGAAUAAAUUUAGAAAGUGGUUAGAAGAGCCAAUAUGGGUUGGGGAUGUUGCCCGCGUAGUUUGGAUUUUAUUUAUCCUCAGUACCCCGGUGUACUUUUUCGUUGCAGACAUAUUCCAUCGUAAGGCUAUCAAAGAGGUUUAUUCGUUAUGGAAACACUCAAACAAUUGGAAAAGACGUCUCUUUAGAUUUGGAAGUAUGAAUUUGUUGAUGUCUUUGGGUACUUCUGUAGCAUACUUUUCCAGCAUUGCCCUUCUAGCGAUUGCAGCUUCAAGGCCAAGAAACAACAAAGAAUCAAUGACACACAAAGGUUUAUCAACAACAUAUUUUGAUUCUGUUGUAUUCUUAAGUUUCUUUCUUCUAAUUGGUAGACUGUUGGAAAGCUUAGCUAAGACUAAAGCAUCAUCGGCAAUUAGCAAUUUGAGCUCUUUGAAACAGGAUACUGCACUUCUUGUGCAAAAGGUAGGUGAUCAGUAUCAAGAAGUUGGCACUGUAAAAGUGGAAUACCUUGAAAUUGGUGACUUCGUUAAGAUUACACCGGGACAAUCUCCACCGUUAGACUCGAUCAUUGUUCAAGGUGAAAAUCAGUUUGAUGAAAGUGCACUCACUGGUGAAUCUGUUCCUAUUUUACGACUAAGAGGUGACCAGAUUUUUGCAGGAACAGUAAAUGUUGGAUCAACUUCUGUCAUUGCUAAGGUGUCUUCGUUUACUGGUGAUUCUUUGAUUGAUCAAAUUGUGAAUACUGUCAGAGAUGGACAGAUAAAUCGCGCUCCAAUUGAGCGUUUGGCAGAUAUUUUGACCGGAUACUUUGUCCCAAUUAUUAUAGCUCUGGCUAUCGUAACAUGGAUAAUAUGGCUAUUACUUGGUGUCACAGGCAGACUUCCGCAUCAUUAUUUAGAUAACGAUGUUGGUGGGUGGCCUCUCUGGUCAUUAGAAUUUGCUAUAGCAGUGUUUGUCAUUGCUUGCCCUUGUGGUAUUGGUCUUGCUGCCCCAACGGCACUUUUUGUUGGGUCUGGAAUGGCUGCAAGAUUAGGUAUCCUUUGUCGGGGUGGUGGCGCAGCCUUCCAAGAAGCAUGUAAAGUUGCCAUUGUAUGUUUCGAUAAAACAGGAACUUUAACCAUGGGGAAAGACAUGAAGGUCACAAAUUACGCAUUGCAUGACAAUAAGAAGCUAGCUCACAUCGGUAUCGAAGUGACAAGAGAUAUGGAACUUGGGUCAAGGCACCCGUUAGCCGCUGGGGUGAAACAAUUCAUUGAUACCACAUUUGGUAAGAAGGUUGGGACGAUGAAAGUACCUGAUCCAAUUGAAAUACCAGGAGGCGGUAUGAAAGGUGACAUCCUUUUUAAUCGAGGUCUUUCCACUCCAGAAUCCCGUAUAUGGCAUGAAAUAGACCCAGAAUGCGCUAUUAUCGGGAACGAAAAGUUGCUAAAGGACCAUAAAUGCCACUUAAACUCUGAGCAGUUGAAGCUAUUGGCUGAAUGGAAAUCUAAAGGGAAAAGUGUAAUGAUCACCGCUAUCAAGAGCAGAUCGCAUUUUGGUAAUGACAAUUACUACCCUGUGAUGAUGUGUGCUGCUCGAGACGAAAUUAGGCCCGAAGCGAAGAUCGUUAUUGAAGAACUACAAAGGAGUGGUAUCGAAUGCUGGAUGAUAUCAGGUGACAACGAAAUUACAGCAAGAGCCGUGGCCGAUCAAUUGAAUAUACAGUAUGUUAUUGCAGAUGUUCUUCCAACAGAAAAAGCCGCUAAAGUGAAAUGGAUACAAGAAAACAAUUUAGGCCCAAACGGCGUACAUAAGUCGGUUGCAAUGGUAGGGGAUGGUAUAAACGACGCACCCGCUCUAGCAACCGCUGACGUCGGGAUCGCGUUAGCAUCCGGUUCCGAACUUGCCAUGACAUCCUGCGAUUUUGUCCUACUUUCACCUGUAAAUACCUUGAUUUCUCUCCUGGCCCUACUUAAGUUAUCCAAGAAGGUGUUCAGAAGAAUUAGAUUCAAUUUUACGUGGGCUUUGGUCUACAAUAUGAUCGCAUUGCCGGUAGCAGCUGGGGUUAUUUAUCCGUACAAAAAUACAAGACUCUCUCCAGUGUGGUCUAGUGCGGCAAUGGCGCUAUCCUCACUAUCGGUUUUGUUGAGCAGUCUUGCAUUGAGACUAUACAAUCCAACUAAAGCACUUCCACCAUCUCUCAGAUUCAUUGAAAACUCUGACGAGUUUUCAUUCCACCCACCAAUUAAGGACUCUGUUCUCUUCUAG